UUCCACGAUUUAUAGAUUUACUGUCUUUUUCCGACAUUGGCAACCACAUUUUCCUCUUUGAUUUUCUUUAGAAACAAACACUAUCUAGCCUCCCACUCUCCUCUCCUUUCCUAUGCAAUUUCCAUCGUCUUUUCACCUUCUCAGAUUGGGGGUUGACGCUCAGUCCAACCUCUGUCGUUGCAGCUGAAAAUUUGAACUCCUCAUGGUGAUCUGAUUCAUACCCAACAUCUAUCUUCCCAUCCAACCCAUGCCCAAGCUUUCAAUUCUCGAUUUAGGGUUUCCCAUUUUCUCUCUCGCUGAAUCUAAUUCUGGUCCUUAAUGGGACUCCAGUGUAGCAAAACAAGCCAAAGCAGUGCUCACACUCCAACACAAAUGAACCCCAAUUCACAGGUCACCCCCGAUCUGAGCUCCUACGAGGCCGCGUGCUGGCAGGACCCAGAUCUCCGGACCUUCGAUUCGAGCCUCCAGCAACGCACCAGCCGAGUCAUCAACACGCUCGCGGUCGGCGUCGAGGUUCGGUCACUCUCCAUGGACUCGCUCAGAGAGCUGACGGAGUGCUUCCUCGAAACCAAUCAAGAAGUGGUCAGACUCAUCCUCGAAUGCAAAAGGGACAUUUGGAAGAACAAAGACCUGUUCGAUCUUGUGGAAGACUACUUCGAGAACAGUCUUUUGACUCUUGAUUUCUGUACUGCUCUCGAGAGGUGCCUCAAGCGUGCCCGCGACAGCCAAUUGAUGAUUCAAGUCGCAUUACAGCAAUUCGAGGAAGAACAGAGACAAGGGUCCGAUGGGGAGGCGACGAAAACCACGAAAACCCAUUCGAGGACGCUGAAGGAAUUGAAGAAUUUCAAGACUGCAGGUGACCCAUUCAAUGAUGAGUUUUUCUCGUUGUUUCAAUCUGUUUAUGCAAAGCAAGUGUCAAUGUUUGUGAAAUUGCAAGCUAGUAAGAGUAAGCUUGAUAAGAAGUUGAAGUCUGUGAAGGCUUGGAGAACUGUAUCGAAUGUCAUUUUUAUGGCCACUUUCGCUUCUGUUUUGAUAUGUUCUGUUGUGGCGGCGGCGAUUGCUGCACCACCGGUUGUGACUGCGUUGGCGGCUGCGGCUGCAGUGCCGUUGGGGUCAAUGGGUAAAUGGAUUAAUUCCCUUUGGAAGAAGUAUGAGAAUGAGCUGAAAGGAGAGAGGGAUGUAAUGGGUUCAUUGCAUAUUGGGACUUACGUUGCAAUUAAGGACUUGGACAGCAUUAGACUACUUGUGGAUAGAUUGGAAAUUGAGUUCGAGUCAUUGUUGCAGAAUGCUGAUUUUGCUCUGAGAGAAGAUGAGGCUGUGAUGCUAGCUAUAGAUGAGAUCAAGAAGAAGCUGAGUGGGUUUAUGCAAACCAUUCAGGAUUUGAGUGAACAUACUGAUAAGUGUGGCCGCGAUAUAAGGAGGGCGAGAACGUUGAUCUUGCAGAGGAUUAUCAAGCAUCCCAGCACCUGAGAUUACACAUUGGUAUAAUGCGAUGUACAUAAGUGGGCGAACGGACUGCAAUGAAUAGUCAGACUAGCCAACUGACAGAGGUUGUAAGAGGAUCAUCUGCUGCAGACGAAGCAGAACCCUCCUUGUAAGAGAACACAAUUCCUUUGUUAAUCACAAAUGUUCCUCAGAAAGAACUAUUUGGGACUGGAGAAUGUAUGAGAUCAUUUUCCUGAACAAGGCCAUAGAUGACGGUUUCCCUCCAAGAAGCACAAUGUAGAGGUGAUGAGCUGAAUAAUCAUUGGCUGAUUUCACUUGCUAUAACACUACUUAAUAUUUAAAAAGUACAAUUUUAUACGUGCGUGAUACAUACAGAACAAGAAGCCUAUAGCUUGCUGAUGCCAGGAUACUUUUCAGAGUAUUUAUUUUCCGAAAAUUAUAUUUUUCAGAAUAUUGUGAUCAAGGGUUCAUGUUAUUUCUUUAAAUAGAUACUUUCUUUUGAAA